AUGGCCACCGAGAAAGACAUCCAUGACGGUGUCUCGACACCAGAGACGACCCAGGCCAACACUGACACCCGCACUGGAGCUGGUGUAGGAGCCGAGACCGCCACCGGAAACGCCAGCCAUGCCGUACCUGGCCGUGAUGAGAACUUCUACACCCGCAACGGUCUCAACUUGGAGUCCUUUAAGCGCCGAGAAUAUGGCGCCGAUAUCGUCCAUCUUGACCAGACCAUGAAGACUCGUCACUUGCACAUGAUUGCUAUUGGUGGCUCCAUUGGUGCCGGUUUCUUCGUUGGCUCUGGAAGUGCCCUCGCUACCGGUGGUCCCGGCUCUCUUCUCAUCGAUUUCUCCAUCAUCGGUGUCAUGAUGUUCAAUGUUGUAUACGCUCUUGGUGAACUCGCUGUCAUGUACCCUGUUUCCGGUGGCUUCUACGUCUACUCAACCCGCUUUAUCGACCCUUCGUGGGGCUUUGCCAUGGGAUGGAACUACGUCUUCCAGUGGGCUAUCGUUCUACCGCUCGAGCUAACGGUCUGUGGUCUUACAAUCAACUAUUGGGAAGGUGCCAGAGGUAUCAGCCUUGCUGUGUGGAUUACAGUCUUUUGGGUCGCCAUCAUCAUCAUCAACAUCUUUGGAACUUUGGGUUAUGCUGAAGAGGAGUUCUGGUCCUCGCUUUUCAAGCUCUCUGCCAUCGUCAUUUUCAUGAUUGUUGCCUUGAUCCUCGUUUGCGGUGGUGGUCCCGCCGGGGGUCGCUACGAUGAAUACUGGGGAGCCCGAUACUGGUACGAUCCUGGCGCGUUCAAGAACGGCUUUAAGGGUUUCUGCGCAGUCUUCGUCACUGCUGCUUUCUCCUUUUCUGGAACCGAGCUUGUCGGUCUGGCUGCCGCCGAGGCCAGGAACCCCCUCAAGUCCCUCCCUGGUGCCAUCAAGCAAGUCUUCUGGCGCAUUACGCUGUUUUACAUCCUCGGCCUCUUUUUCGUUGGCCUUCUCAUCAGCUCCAACGAUGAGAACAUCCUUGGUGCCGACAACCCUUACGCGGACGGUACAUCGCCUUUCGUCUUGGCUGCCGAGUAUGCUGGACUGUACGGCUAUAACCACUUUAUGAACGUCAUUAUUUUGGUUUCUGUUCUAUCGCUUGGUGUAUCCUGCGUUUACGGCGGCUCCCGUACUCUAACCGGCCUCGCGCAGCAGGGUUACGCACCCAGGAUCUUUACCUAUGUCGACAAAUCCGGUCGCCCACUCCCCUCCGUUGCAGUCCACCUCAUCUGUGGUGCCAUUGCUUACAUCAACUUGGACGCGGACGGUGAGACUGUCUUCAACUGGUUGCUUGCCCUGUCGGCACUUGCUGCCUUGUUUACCUGGGGAUCUAUUUGCUUGGCCCACAUUCGAUUCCGCAAGGCUUGGGCCUACCACGGUCACACCAUCGACGAGAUCCCUUUCAAGGCUGCUUUUGGCACUACUGGAUCUUGGAUAGGCCUGAUACUUUGCGCCCUCGUACUGCUUGCUACGCUCUUUGUAGCAAUUGCCCCAGCCGGACAAGACGAACUUAACUCUGCCGAAGGUUUCUUCGAGGCUUGGCUCACUGUGCCAAUCAUCCUGCUCUUCUGGGUGAUUGGUUACUUUUGGAAGGGCCAGGGAUGGCUCCGUACCCACCAGAUGGACGUUGACACCGGCCGUCGCGAACUUGACUGGGACGAGAUCAACCGCUACAAGGCUGAGAUGGCCACUUGGCCUACCUGGAAGCGCAUGUACAACCGUUUCUUCUAG